AUGAAAGGCAUUGUCUCACAAUCCGUGAAAGAGGUCCUCCAAUCCCUCGUUGAUGACGGCCUAGUACAGACGGACAAAGUCGGCUCGUCUAAUUUCUUCUGGAGUUUUCCGUCCGAGAGGGGGGCAAUUAUGCAAAACCGGCUGGACACCGCCAAAGAGACGCAAGUCACGAACCAGAAACAGUUAGAAGAAAUCAAAACUAGCAUCGAGGUCGAGAAGAGCGCGAGGAAUGACACACCCGAACGAGCCGCAGCGCUAGACAAACUCGCAACCGUCAAGAAACAGAUCUCAGAUCUUGAGACGGAAUUACAAGCAUAUGGUGCUUGCGACCCCGCGAAAGUCGAUGAGAAGAAACGCGCGGUGACGUUGGCGAAGGAGGCUGCUUUUCGAUGGACGGAUAAUUAUUCAAUAUUAUUCCAACACUUCACGAGGCAGAGUAUGGUGGAGGGGGAUGAUAUUAGGAAGUAUCUCGAGAUCGGGGAGGACUAUGAAGAUAUUUGUUAG